AUUUGAGCGACAAGAGGCUUAUUACAUUCUUUUCUGAUUACUUGAGUGACACACACGCAACUUGUUUAGCCUCUAAAACACUUUAGGCGCCACAACCUUCUAACAACACACAUAUUCCUUGGCAGUACGCAACAAAAUGCCGACAGCACAAGUUCUAAUGCUUAUUCUACUGUUUUCAAUUUAUAUUACACAGAACAAAGCGAAAUGUCCGCGCGGCACGCAUUUGGAUAAAUUAAAAUUUAGUCUCGUACGCGCGUGUCAACGCUCAGAAAUGCAAGCGAUCGCUUAUAAGAAUGCAUUUACCUUAGAGGAUUGUGUGCGUGAGGCGAAAUUAGCGCGCGGUUUGGCUUUGAAUUUUGGCACGCGCCUCAGAAACAAGCAGACGGCGGGAGGUAGUGCUGCUUUUGCAAUACUGCUAACGAAGUUGCAGCUAAUUAUGCGUCCAAAUCGCAGUAGCGAAAAUCGCCAAAGCGUUUGGCAACAGCCGCAACAGUACUUCAAUUGUCACAUACUCGCUUGCCCGGAGAACCAAACAAUGCGUGGCCUGGUAAAUGACAGUCGUUACGAUUACUAUAGUUUAUAUGGCGCGGCAAUUGCAACUCGCAACUACACCUGCGUGCCACAAGUGGGUUUGUUUCAGUUGCAAGUGAGUCCAGCGAGUUUUGUUAAUGCCACACGGUUUUGCCGCAAUGCCACUGCUAUUGGUGGUGUGGCUAAUUUGGCGCAUGCUGCGUCGGCAUUACGUACGAAUGCGUUUGCGGCGCUGCUACGGAACUACAAUGAGGCAGCGAGGCAACAGCGCGGGCGUCAACAUACUUUGGCUUAUGUGGGACUGCAAUUUAAUCGUACUUACAGCAGUGAAGCUAUUGCAUUGCUUUCAAUAUGUGGCAUGGGCGCCUGGUUUGCAAAUGUUAGCUGCAUUGCUGUGGGCAGCGAGAACACCUGGUUGACUGUUGAUUGCGAGCGUGAGCUCCCUUACAUUUGCGAGAUAUACACAUCGAGAAGUGAUUUAAAUGACACAGCGCUCACUGCCGGUACAUGUGCGCCCGAUGCUGCAUGA